GAAAUAGACGGGCGGCGCAUACACUGAUCCCAUCACACUAAAAACCUGCGAAGAUCGACGGUGAGACUGCUGCAACUACGCAAUAGGCCAUUGAUAUCGCAUUCAUUUCUGGUCCAUUGGUAAAGUGGACAAAGCGUACAUAAUACAAGGAAAUGGCUGGUAUUUUGGCAUGGUUUUGGAACGAGAGAUUUUGGCUCCCUCACAAUGUAACCUGGGCUGACUUAAAAAACACAGAUGAGGCAACAUUCCCACAAGCCGAGGAUUUGUAUCUGGCUUGUCCUUUAGCCUUCUGCAUCUUUAUGAUUCGACUGGUUUUCGAAAGGUUUAUUGCCAGACCAUGUGCCUUGGGUCUCAAGAUACAGGCCAAUGGACCACAGAAAGCCCAGCCCAAUGCCAUUUUUGAGAAGGUGUUCACUGCUAUCACCAAGCAUCCAGAUGAGAAGCGGUUGGAGGGCCUGUCCAAACAGCUGGACUGGGAUGUGCGGACCAUCCAGCGCUGGUUCCGACAGCGCAGGAACCAGGAGAAGCCCAGCACGUUGGCUCGCUUUUGUGAGAGCAUGUGGAGAUUUACAUUUUACCUCUAUAUAUUUACCUACGGAGUGCGUUUCCUUAAAAAGACCACAUGGCUAUGGAACACAAGAGAGUGCUGGUAUAACUACCCUUAUCAGCCACUGACGGUGGACAUCCACUAUUAUUAUAUUCUGGAGCUGUCUUUCUACCUGUCCCUACUCUUCUCCCAGUUCACAGAUAUCAGGAGGAAGGACUUCCUGAUCAUGUUUCUGCACCACCUGGCGACAAUCACCCUCAUCACCUUCUCCUACGUCAACAACAUGGCUAGAGUGGGCACGCUGGUCAUGUGUCUCCACGACGCCGCCGACGUCCUGAUGGAGGUUGCCAAAAUGGCCAACUAUGCCAAGUGCCAGAGACUUUGCAACCUCCUGUUUGUCAUGUUUGCCAUGGUCUUCGUCAGCUCCAGGUUGGGUGUCUAUCCUGUCUGGAUUUUAAACACUACCUUGUUUGAGAGCUGGGAGAUCGUGGGGCCGUACCCCUCCUGGUGGGUGUUCAACCUGCUGCUGAUCCUGCUGCAGUUCCUGCACUCCUUCUGGUCCUACCUCAUAGUGAAGAUAGCCUGCCGAGCCAUCUCCAGAGGAAAGGUGGGGAAGUGGAAUCCUUUACAUGUGUCGAAAGACGACCGCAGUGACAUUGAAUCCAGCUCUGACGAGGACAACGGUCCUCCGCCUGCUCCUGUUCAGAAGCACUACAACAGCACCACCAACGGGACCAAUAAAGCCCACGGGACCAACGGGUACCUGUCAGCAGGGGCCCCGUGUCCAGACGAACACUGACCGCCACUAUGAGACAUUUAUAAGCACCGGAGCAAAGCUGCAAACACCAUUCAUAGAUACUACAUGUGUGCGUGUGCGACAUGAACAACAUUGCCUGUCUGGUACUGGAAGUGCUUAAUAGAAAUCUGUGAAUGCAGUUCCGUUUUCUGUUUGAUUAUCUCCAUGUUUCCCGUCUCAUUUUAUUCUCUUUCUCUAUAUUUGCAUCAAACUGCACUCAAUGAAAUAUCAAAGCACUCCUGUUGGUACAGCCCACUCUCUGUUUAGCCAAUGAAUGAAAGCAUUCCACUGUUAUGGUGAAAGCAUGCUGUUUUUAAAAGUAGUCUUGACUGGCAUACUGGGGGGUGGUUAAUUAUGUUAGUAUCUUUGUUAUUUAUUUUUUUAUGGAUAUGUUGACAAUAAUUUGAAAACAUGUCUCAACUAAUUUGUCAGUGUUAAGAUUAGUUAAUUAUGGACCCAUCCAUAAUGCUUAUCAGUUCACUAUUCCAUCAACAGGUAGACACAUUACAGUAUGAGUCUUUUCACUGGCAAAAUGCUAAACACCUGGAUUUGCUUUCGAUGCUGCAAUACCAACACAUGCCAAAACUGUGACUGAAUUUGUUUUGCUCACAAAGGAAUAGUAAUGUGGUCCCACAACAAUGCAUUAUGGGAAAUACAAACAAACAUUCUCCUUCCAUAAGCUGUAAAUGAGAUGUCAGUAAAAUAAUUAUGUAUGUGUGUGUAAAAAUAGGGCCAUGCUAUAUUUUAAAUUAAAGCAUUUUGUUAUAAGUAUUCUACAAUAUUUCUGGUAAGUAUUUUUAUUAAAUGUUCAUGGCCCUCUUGGAAGACCAAUAUAAGGUAUUAAGCGAUGACUCAAUUAUAACCCAUGACGAUAUUAAAGAUUGCAAGUCAGAAAG